AUGAAAGGAAGGGCAAACAACUAUCUGGUCCUGCGAUCUAAGCCAAAGAGUGCUUUGGCAACUCCCCAGAUCUCGAAUAUCACGACACCAUCCUCCUCGACUUUCACCUCUGCGUACACAUCCGAAGAUGAAGACUCCACUACUAAGACGAAGCCCUUCCCGUUUGCACGCUUGCCCUCGGAACUGCGGAACAAGAUCUACUCUCUGGUCUUUGCCUGCGUGCCAGAUGCGAUAGACCUGGACCCGUCUUUGUUUAAACUCUUUCACCGAAUGCAGAUUUUUGCGCUCUUCAGGGUCUCACGGCAGAUCUAUCUCGAAAGUGUACACAACUUCUUCAGCACUCAUACCUUCCGAAUCUUCCCUACUUACCCCGGCAAAUACUUCAAGACCAAGAAGCCUCUUCUGGCUCGUCUGCCAGCUCGUGCUCGGGAGUCCCUUACGUCUCUGCAGCUGCGUGUGGGACCAGGAUGGAACAACCCCCCACAAGGAUGGGUCGUGAACGAGCAGUUGGGAUUGAGGGACUGCACAAAUGUUAGGGUCUUGAAGGUCUUUGUGGAAUGCGAUCCUAGCGAUGCCAUCUUUGCUGGGUUCCGCAAGAGUGAGGGGUUUUACGAGCGAUUUUGUAAGAAUCUGCUAGAGGCGGUCCUGCGCGAUGUUCCCAGCAUCCAGGUCGUCGAGUUCGACGCAUACUCUUCGGUAAGCAGGACGGGGGACAUGAUGUCUGGGCUAGGAGAGGUUGUGGCCCGGAAUGAAAAAGUCGUCGCAUGGGGAGCAGAGCGAGGAUGGGAUAAGGAGAGUGAUCGGGUCUGGCUGGAUGCGAUAUUAAUGCAUGGGGGCAGCGGCAAAUUGAGCAAGAGCAUUGCGGUUUUUGCUUGA